AUGGCGGCGCCGGGCGAGUACUUCAGCGUGGGCAGCCAGGUGUCGUGCCGCACCUGCCAGGAGCAGCGCCUGCAGGGCGAGGUCGUCGCCUUCGACUACCCCAGCAAGAUGCUGGCGCUCAAAUGCCCCUCUUCCAGUGGAAAGCCUAAUCACGCAGAUAUCCUGCUUGUAAACUUACAGUAUGUUUCAGAAGUGGAAAUAAUUAAUGACCGCACGGAAACGCCUCCUCCUUUAGCUUCACUCAAUGUUAGCAAGCUUGCCAACAAAGCGCGGACGGAGAAGGAAGAGAAGAUGAGCCAGGCGUAUGCAAUUAGUGCUGGUGUCUCUCUGGAGGGGCAGCAGCUCUUCCAGACUAUACAUAAGACCAUUAAAGACUGUAAAUGGCAGGAGAAGAACAUAGUUGUGAUGGAAGAAGUCGUUAUCGCCCCUCCCUAUCAAGUGGAAAACUGUAAAGGCAAAGAGGGAAGCGCGCUGAGUCACGUACGCAAAAUAGUGGAGAAACAUUUUCGAGACGUGGAAAGCCAAAAGGUAAUGCAGCGUUCACAAGCACAGCAGACACAGAAGGAGACCUCCCUCUCGUCCUGAGGCCCACCUCCCGGCGCCGGGGACUCCCCCACCGCCCCGCCACCCAGUCACCGGAGGCGGGAGGGCGGCGGCGGCGGGGGGUUCUACUUUUAUUUCCUUUUUUUUCGAGCUCGUUAAUGGGGAGCUCAACCGAUUCCAAACCUUAGACUUUAAAACAAACGAGAAAAGAGAAUAAUUUAAAAGCUCAUGCAUUACUUGACUAACAGACUUUCUUUUGUCCGCCAUGUUUUCUUUCCUACCAGCCAGUCAGACUUUGUUAGUUUUAUUUUUUCGACCUUUC